ACUGAGCAUAAUCUGAGCUUUGCACACCAAACACUUUCUCCAUCACGAUCUAACAAAGACUGAUUAAGAAGUCCUUUCCAUCCAGUUUCCAGUUUAAUCCAGUUCCUGAAGGUCUCAAAAUUAUAAAAACCAAGCAAUGUUUUUGAGUUUUCAAAAUCUAAUGGAUCAUUUAAUCUUUAUAUCUUAGUUACGAUAUCUCUACCACGCUCCAUUCUCCACACUGUAUAACUCCUAAAUUGUAUAACUCACUAAAAAGUUUGUAAAAGUUUGUACUUUUCACAAACAUUGUUCGUAACAUGAUAAUUCAACAAGCAUUUUUUGUUUAUUUUAUGAACAUUUCUUCGUAAACUUUGUUAAAUUGUAAAUGUUCGUAACAUUUUUUCGUAAAUGUUCGUAAACAGAAAAAAAUGUUUGUAAAACUUUGUCAAUGGUUCGUAAAAUUUUGUCAGAUUGACAAAAAUGUACAAAAAAAUGUUUCAAGUUUAAGUAAUCAUUAUUACAAAGUUUAUGAAAAUGUACCAACCUUUUACAAAGUUUUUUGUGGAUUAUACGAUUUACGAGCAUUUUGUAACUCUUCAGUAGGAAUUCACAAACACUUACGAACAAUUUUACGAAAUACUUUUUUCCUGUAUAGGGUAACGUGUGGUAUUUCUGGACAAGGUGCUUUUCGGGACAUAAUCACAGCGAACAGACUGGGCUUUUCUACAUGGUCAUUGCUUUUUACGCCUUCAUUGCUUUUUUACACGUGGAAAAAAUAAUCAAAAAAUUGCGGCAUCAAACCAAUUUCAGCACUAAUUUGAUAUUUUUUAAGCCUUUUGAGACAAUAUUCUUUAAAAAGAAGAUCAUAUAUUAGUAAAAUUUUCCGAUUAUAAGUGCCUUGAGCAAAGAGCAAAAAGCAAUUGACUGGUCAAUUGCUUUUUGCUCUUGAUUGUCUUGAUUCGAGGUGUUUAGAUUUGGCAAAUUUUACUAAUAAAUCAUUUUCUUUUUAAAGAACAUUGUGUCAGAAAACAGAAAAAAAAACAUCAAAUUGAUGCAAAAAUUGGUUUGGUGCCUCAAUUUUUUGAAUAUUUUUCCACGUGUAAAAAAGCAAUAAAGGCGUAAAAAGCCAAUGACCAUGUAGAAAAACCCAGUCUGUUCGCUGGGAAUAUGGGUAUUUUGGGACACAUCAAAGAUACUAUAAAUAUUUGUUUUCUAAUUAUUUUUAAGUUCUAUAUGAAAUAUUAAGCUCUUUACGUAUUAGAUAAACAAAACUUCUGAAAUUUUAUUUAAUUUAAAGCGUGAAAUACGUGUGAAUUGUGAAUAUCACAUUCCACUUUGUAUAAAAUCUUCAGUGUAGUCAAUUUUGCAGAUGCCUUAGUUUUUUUCGGUUUAAGUCACUUUACAAGUGAAAUUUAAUCAAAAUUUUUAUAAAAGAGUGAAGUUUAGACCUUCUACUUAAAGGUAAAUAAUCAGGCUCGGUGAAAUUUACCUGCAUAACAGCGACUUUUGUCUGUCCCGAAAUAUACCACUCUUACUUCUUUACAUUUUUUGCUAUUUUGUAUAAAAAAUUAUGCAUUUUUCAACAUUUCUCGAUCAGAAUCUUAUUCUGGACAGCAUAAGGAACAUAAAUAUUUGUAUUGACAAAGAAAAAAAUAAUUUGAGAAGUCGUUAAGCUGUUCGAAACUUGAAAGUGCUAAAAAGUGUCCCGAAAUACCACACGUUACCAUAUGACUAUGUAAUUUAGAAGCUCUUAUAAAAUGUGUUUCUAACGUCCUCUGAAGAGAAUCGAAUCCACUAUGUAUGUGCAACAAAUUAGAUGAAUUUAAAUGUCAAAACUCGUGAAGGGGGCGUGGCCUAAAGAAAUUAUUGGGCGGAGCUUCUUUUUAAAAGUUUAAAACUAUCUUUCUGUAAAACAAGAAAGAAAAAGUUACGGUAAAGUUUGGAUUACCUAAAAAUUUUUGGCAUAUUGCAAUUUAUGAACAAAAUGCUGAAAUUGUGGUUUCUAUUUAUAAUAUCUUUAAUAAGUUAUAUAAUGAUAUUUUUUGAGAAAUAUAUUUUUUGAUUUAAUUUGUGCCAAUUGUGAUUUUCACUCAUCAAAGCAUUUAUAAAUUGUUAUAUUGAACAGUUUUUAACAUGAUUAUACUAAUUAAGGAUCACUUGAACACCUCUUUUCUCAAUCCUCCACCAAAUACUCCUUAUUUUUUUUAAAAACUUUUAUUAUUUUAUCAAAUUUAUUUAUAUAAUUUAUGUGUGAUACACUUUCAUUCACGUUCUUUUUAUUUUUUUUAUGGGAAAAAUUACUAAAAAUGUUUCUUUUUAUGUAUCUACAAAUGUAUUUAAAUAAAAAAUUGGUUUUUGUAUGGGAUUGGGGGUACAUUCUGAAGCGUUUUCGUUCGUUGACGGAAAUUGAAAAGUGCCACAAACAGUCGAAAAUUCGUAUUCCGCUGUUUGACAAAGAAACUGCAGAUUUUUGUUUUGAGAAGUCCAGAGAAAUCCUCACGAAACCUUUUAAUCUGCCCACAACACCACUUGGUGGUGGGAAACAGGAUGAUUUUGACAAGAAGACAAGGGAUUUGAUUGGGGAGAAUCUUAUUGAUAUUGAGAAUACGCUUAAAGCUCUCAAUUUGGAUUUUAUGCAAACGUACAAUGAGCUUGAGAAGACAGAUUCGGCGGAAACUCUCUUUGGGGAUGCUAAUUAUUCGUCAGUGGAGAAGAAUCCCAAAAUUAGAAAUUCAGCAAUGAAAUUGUCAAAAUUGUACGAAUUGGGGAAUUUUCAGAGGAGUGGAAUUGAAAAGGUUCCAAAUAGAAGAUCACAGACUCCAGAAACACUGUCGUAUAGUCCCAAGGGGGAUCAAUACAAUUCGGGUAGGAGAAGUAGUGCUAGUCCUCAGGAGAAAUCCUUCAGUUCGCGAGAUAUGAAAUUUUCAACGCAUGGUUAUGUGAAUUUAAAUAGAGAUAGUGGAGGAUUUGGUCCAGGGAAAGUCAUGAUGUCAGCGUCUCCGCCAAUUCGUACAAAUUACUCCAGCAAUAACUCCAUCCAUACUCUUAUGCAAAUGUAUACGACAAAUCAAGCUCAGAUGCAACAGCAGAGAAUGCUUCAGAUGGAGAAUGAAGGCAAUUUUCCACACAGGAAGCGCUCAAUGUCCUUCACGGAGAAUUAUGACCUAAAAUCUCCGGUUUGUGCUCAGCCGUCACUUGGCACUGGGCCAAAUCAAUCGGGUAACUUCCCACGUGGUCAAACAGCCACAGUUCGUCCCCAUGUGGGUCAUAAGUCCAAGAGUGCCAAGGCUAGGACACUCAGACGACUCAGUUACAAUCCCAUUGUACUGGACAGUAGCACUUCUUCCAGCAGUGAGAGUGAAUUUGAUCGAUCUAUUGCCCAUUCUGAAUGCGAUAUUCGCACAAAAAUGCUCACAUCCCGAAGGAGGAAGCAGUAUCUCAAUCGCAAAAGUGCCACUAAUUCCUCAAAUCCCGACAAACUCUAUGGAUCAAAUACCAGUAUUAAGAGUGCUCCUCAAUACAAUUACUCCAAUGGUCGGGAACCUGCUCAAUCGCAUCGCAAUCAGGGCAGAUUUGGAGAUUCUGGGGAGAGAUUUGUGGACUAUGGAGAGGAUUUUCGGAUGGAACAAGAAAUCUAUGACUAUCGCAAUGGGGGCUAUCAGAAAUUUAUACAACCACCUCCGAGGAAUUAUAUCAAUUCCGAGGGUAGUACAUAUCCCGAGCGGGAGUAUCUCUAUCCGCCCGAAUUUGAUGUGAGCAAACUGACAGGAAAGAGUCCAACUACUCAGGGAUUCUUUGGAGCCGCCACUAAUGGUGCUACGGCAUCAACAGCCACAUCUAGGCCAGUAUUUCAGUGGCCGGAGAAGAUUCAUGCUUCGGCUGUUAAGCACAAUGAUCUACUUUGGAGGCAGAGGCAGGAAAGAAAUCAGAAUCUUAGACAUGCAGAAAUGCCAUCGUAUGAACUUGGGGGAAUGACCCAGAGUUUCUCAAGUGACAGUUCGACGUCCACGGAAACGGAUUCAGUGGAUUUUCAGCAUGGGGGAGAGUUUCCGCCAAAUACAAGAAUGCCACCUAGUCCGGCACCAUAAAUCCAUUUGGAUUGUAGUUUUGGACAGAAGAAUAUUUGUUAAAAAAAAUUUGUCAAUUUUUUUAGGUUAUGCGGAAUGCUAGAACAGUAGAGGAAUUUUCUAGAUAGGAGGUUAUGAUAGUUCUCACAAUAGAAAGGCUUUAGGUGCCUAAAUCUUCAAUUGAAGAGUGUUAAAAAUGUUCAUCUUCAUUCAUUUUGAAGUUUAAAUUUCCUCAACUUCUCAAAUUUAUCUGUCAUUAUGCAUUUUUUGAGGUUAUGGAAAUCGUAAAGAACGCUAACCAAAAAUUUCUUUAUUAAAAAACUUUGUGAAACAUAUUGAUUAUUGUAAAACACUAAGGGUCCCACUUAAAAAGAAUAGGCAUUAGCACGGAUGAGAUUUGCCGAUAUUGUCUAGAAGAUGAAGAGGACAAUAUUCACAUCCUGUGCUGCUGCCCGGCAUUUGGGAUACAGCGGAGGUUAUUCCUAGGCGACUCUGCCGCGCUUCCGUUAUCAAAACGUCCCAACCUGGGGGGGAUUUCUGUAACUCUGGUGAAGUGGUCACCUGUCAAAAUUGGUGAACGCUUCACUGAAGUGAUAGCAAAAGAGAUUCUGUAACUUGCGAUAGCUUCACGUGAAAGGAUCACUUUGAGGUUAUGUGUUUCACUUGUCAAUUUUUCGGUGAAGAUGAUGUUAUCACUCAGUCAAGCCAGUCGUGAAGGGAAGCUCGUGAACCUUUCACUAGUGAAUCGUUCACUAGCCAAGCGUUCAUCGAGUUACAGAAUUCCCUCCCUGGAGAUUUACUGUCCAUUAUUAAGGGCGUCAAAAUAGAGCUCUAACAAAGAAAGAGGUUAUCGCAGAUUAUCAAUCGCAGCGCCCGGGUCCGUUUUUGGGACCACCUCAACAUUAAUAAAAAAAAUCAUUUUAUUAGAAUGUGAGAUAGGAUUGUGCUUUUAUAAGACGACUUAUUUAGCAAAAUCGGUUAAUUAGUAAUUUGAGGUUAUAUAUAACCUAACCCUAAAAAAGAUCAUCUUCAAACAAGAAAUCGCUAAUUUCAAUAUAAAAUGUAAUUUUCUAUUAGAAUAUAUACGUAUAUAGCCAACGGCCGCUGCGAUUCCACUGGAUUUCCAGCAGCCUUUUCUGCCAUGUCCGUUGAUUUUACUGCUAAAAAUCCGCGUGAAAUUCCCUGAAUUUUACCGCUCAAAAUCCGCGUAAGCUUCCGAGAUGGAAUUUGACGCUAAAUUUCUUCCUAGCGUUCUAUGGACGUGUGCGGAACUCUGCAUAGGACCGUCUAAUAAGAAAUGUCCGCGAGUUUCCAUGGACUUUUCUCUGACGAAUAUUUCCACGGCUUUUCCUAUGGAUUAUUAGCGUAUAAUCGGCAGUCAGCCCUUUAAAAAUUUGGAAAAGUCCUCUUUAUUUCCACGAAAUUCUCCGUUGAAAUUUCCAUGCAACGGUCUUAGAGGCUUCCGUGGUUAAAUAUUACGGAAUUCCACGACUUUUCCAGUGAAUUUUUUUAAAUACAUAUAUAUUUUUUUCAAAAUAAUUCCAAAAAUUGAUUAAAAAUUCCGUGGAACUUUCAUAGAGAAUUUCCAGAAAAAAACAUUCACAAAUAUGGACGAUCAGUGCCAAUUGGUAGCUUAGAACUUGGAGAUUGUUCAUCUAUCAGACGAACACUCAAUUGUUCUACUUUUGAAUUGAAAAUAUUGCUACCAUAUCGUUCAUUUGAGUAUAUCUAGGGCGAAAAAUAAUUGCAGAAUUUUCGCGCUUAUACUUCCAUAGAGUCUUGGUCGGAAAGAUAUCAGAAAAUAUACUCGGAAUAUUCAAAGGAAAUUUUAAAUCAAUUUCCAGGGAAUCCUCUCAGAUAUGUUGCAAGAAAAUUCCUCGGACUUUUUUCCAGGGAAUCCACGCGAAAAAAAGCUGAUAACUCCGCAGAAUUCCAAGCGGAAUAUUUGCGUUUAUUUCCACGGAAACUCUCGCGGAAAAAUAGAAGAUAAAUUCCAGGGAAUUUUCUGUCACUGUUUUAGACGUUUUUCUGAUCAAUAGAAAUAUUUAUAAUAAAUUUUAAAAAAAUCCAUUGAAGGAAGUGGGGCACCUUUGAAUUGGGGCAGCUUUAAAAAUGGAUUUUUCUCUUCUUUUUAAACGGAACUGGUCCUUACCGUGAUAUUAAUAAGCUUUACAAACCCAUUGUAAAGGUAAAUAGUAUUACUUUUAAAAAUAGGAGAAAAAGUGCAUCUUCAAAGGUACCCCAAUUCAAAGAUGCCCCACUUUGCCCUAAUGAUUAUAUUUCAGAAUUUUUUGAUCAUUAUUAUUUUGUCGUGACUUGAUCAAAACUCACUCUUUAAGGCACAUGAAGACAUUCUACUAUAUGUAAUAUGACUUGUAUUUUUGAGGUUAGACAUCACUUAACCUAAAACCACAAACUGAGAAAUUGAAAGACAAAAAUAUAAUUUUCCUAUUAAAUUUCUACAUAUUUUAUUACUAAUUCAUUCUGUGAAUCUAUUCUUCACUAACCAAUAUGUUUCUUGAAAUUUUAAAACGUGCUAAUUUAUAACCUAAAACACAUGCUCAUUUUUACUGAUUUUCAUAAAAGCGAAAAAGGAUUUUAAAUUUCAUUCUUUUAUUUUUUUUUAUUAUAAAAUAAUUGAUGAAAUUUAUGUCUAAAGUUUCUGUAAGCCUGAACAUAAUUUGAAUUGUUUUAGGUUAAGUCUGACAUAACCUCACACUCUAUCGUGACUUUUUGUUUAAUUAAAAAAAAAUGAAGCACCUAUACCAAAGUUUUAACUAAAAACUCAGUUUUUACAGCUUAUCUGUUAUAAACUAAAAUAUCAUUCAUAUUUCAGAAUUGCUAUUGACAUAUUCAAUUGAUCUGUUCCAGCUUUUAAUUAAUAUCAAUAUUAAUAAUUCACAAUUUUAAGGAAAUUGACAAAUUUCUUGCAGAUAUUUCUGUUCAAAACCAUAAAUAUCAUUUUUGUCUGUAGUUGAUUUCGAUGUAAUGUGAUUUUGUCGCGUGUGAAAGCAAAAUUUUUCAUAGUAAAUAAGCUUCUAUUUAAAAACAAAAUCUUGAGAUACGUAAUGAUAAAUUGAAAAAAAAACACAAAAAGAAAUCUAAAAUAUCUUAAUACUUUACUCAAAAAAAAUCGCCUUUAUUAAGCUAAAAUGAAUUGUAUAGAAAACGUUUGUGGUUUGGAGGAGAGCAAACGAUUCUCAAAAUAUGAAGGAUUUCUAAUUGAAAAGUUAACAAUUAACAGAGAAAGAUACAUUUCUCAAAAAAUUUGGCUUAUUAGGAAGGAUUUUAUCAAAAUUUUUCAGAAAAAAGGGUAAAAUUUAUUUUAGCAAUUGUUUUUUAAUAGAAAUAUUUUGCACAAUUUUUUCUGCUUGACUUUUUUUCUCUAGAAAUUUUACUGCAUUUUCUUUAUCUGCCAAUAAUAAAACAAUAAAUUGAGUUAUCUUUGUACAGUGCAAUGACAUAAACUUCAAGAAUAUAAAUAUAAACCUAUAAACUCACCUACCUCUAACUGAAGAAAAUAAAGAAUGGAAAAUGUACUCAAAGAAUUUAUCACGAGUAAAAUUGAAGAAAUACACUCAAGAGCUAUUGAAAUAAAUUGGAUAAUCAGGAAACCUUUUUCUAUCACACCACAAAAGAGGAAAUUUAAGAAUUUAUUUGAAUCUUAUGCCAAUAAUCGAAAAGCUUCUCUCCUAUCGAUACUUAAUAUUGUAUAAUCUCUUAAAAUGCUAUGCAAAAAAAGAUUAAUAAGAAACAAAAAUAAUCCCUCUCUAUUCGACUAACAUAGAGCACAAUAUGCGCACCUAACAAACCCUUCAAUCUUCCUAGAAGAUUAAUUAUAUUUCUAUAUCAUGUAGAGAAUGUGAAAUAUAAACCAUGAGACUAAUAUAUUUCUGCUUGUAUCAAGUAUUGAUGAGUGAAUGGGAAGAUUAUUUGAGCAUCAAAAGGAGAUUCUCAGUCAAUCUCCUUAAUAUUUGAUACAUGUGAAUAAUUUAUUGGGUUGCUUUUGGAUUUUGUGCUAGGAAUAACAUUAAUAAAAGUUAUUGAAGAUGGGUGUAACGAUUUACAUUAUUACACUAUGCUAUUGAAGCAUCAUUGUAAAUUUUAGAAUAUUCUGAAUAAACAAUAAAAAAAAGAAUAAAAUCAUACUUGGAAAUUCAAAAAUUUUAUUGGCCUACAAAUAAUGUCAAUUUCUUGAAUUUAGCGCGCUAAAAAUGAUUGAUUUUUUUUAAAUUUUAUUUCAUUAUUUACUUCGCCCAAUAAAUGAUAAUAAAAGUCUUUAAGGAUUGUGUUAGUUUAUAAAAUGUUCUAACUACGAUAAAAAUUAUGAAAAAAUAUUAUUUUAAGUGGAUUAUCUAGUUAGCGUAGUCAUAAACGAUCCAGAUAGCGAAGCGCCCGGAUUAGCACACUUGACUGUAUGUGUCUUGGCAUUCUGUGAAGAUUUUAGUGGAGGAAGCUGGGGGACUUCAAGAAUACAUAUGGGAAACGUGUUGUGUAUUUUCAAGUAGCCCAUAUUCAAAAGAAACCAGAUGUUCGUAACUUAAACGUUUAUAAUUCAUAAACGUUUGCAAAAUGAAUCUUUAAAAAAAAAGAGCAGCCGCUUAAAUUGGCACACGUUCCCCUAUGCAGUUUUUUUUAUGUAGGGCACUUUAUUUUGAGCUUUCAUUCAUUUUUUCGCACUAAAUAUGCAUAGGUAUAUUUUUUGAAUUUUGUUGAUUAAUCCUGUGAGGGUUAAAAUUUUGUGAUAUUUGAGUCAAUUAUAUCACACUUGGCCUCUUUGCUCAAAAACAAUUUGCAUGAGAAAAAAUCAUCUAUUAAAUUGAUUUGCAUAUCAAACUUGAUGAAUUUGAUCAAAAGAAUGAAAAGAAAAUUAGAAAACUAAUUUUAAAAAAAUAUAUAUAAAAAUUUAUUGAAUUUAAUCAAAUUCUGGCACAAUAACUUUUGUUUGUAAAUAUGUUUUCGAAGUUGUCUAUGAGAGUGAGCGAGAUGAUUAGAUCUAGAUCUCACAUACUCUCAUUGAGAUGUCAAAAACUUAUUUACAAAACAAAAGUCAUUGUGUAUUGUACAUAAUGCCCAACGUACAAUAACUUUUAUUUUGUAAACAUGUUUUUUAUAUUUCAAUGAGAGAGAAUAAAAUGUAGACCUAGUCAUCUCACUCUUUCUCAUAGAAAAUUUUGAAAACAUGUUUACAAAUAAAAGUUAUUGUGCGCUGUGCAUAAUGACCAGCGCACAAUAACUUUUGUUUGUAAAUAUGUUUUCGAAAUUGUCUAUAAGAGUGAGCGAGAUGAUUAGAUUUAGACCUCAAUCACUCUCAUUGGGAUGUCAAAAAUUUGUUUGCAAAACCAAAGUCAUUGUGCAUUGUACAUAAUUCCCAACGGACAAGAUUUGUUUUGCAAACAUGUUUUUGAGAUUUCAAUGAGAGUGAGCAAGAUGACCAGAUUUAUAUCUCACUCACUGACUCUUACUGAAAUCUCAAAAACAUGUUUACAAAAGUUAUUGUGCAUUGGACAUAAUGCCCAGCGCACAAUAACUUGUUUUGUAAACAUGUUUUUGAGAUUUCAAUGAGAGUGAAUGAGAUCUACAUAGUCAUCUCGAUUGCUCUUAUAGGCUAAUUCAAAAACAUGUUUACAAACAAAAAUUAUUGUGCGUCGGGCAUAAGACAAUUAAUUCCUGUCCCCGAAAAAUAAUGUUGUUAUCAGCACGAUUUUCCUUUGGCAACCUGAUAAUAUAUUCACUCAAUAAUUUUACUGCACCUUAAGUGACUCCUCAAAUAAUGAAUAAUCGGAAUAAUCAAUAAAUAAUAAAUAAUCAUUGACCCACCAUGAGAUGUUAUAAAAUAUUUUUCCAUUGAAAUAUCCAUCCGUAUUUUGCUGUUGAUGCAUAAAUUGAAGAAAUAAAAGAAAAAUAGCAAACAGGAAAAAAACCCAAAAUAAAAACAUUCCAGAAAUCCCCUAUUGGGUAUUUUACUGAAAAUGAUAAGAAAGAAUACAGAGUACAUGAAAGACUUUUGUGGCAUUAUUUUAUCCAUUUCUUACACACGAGUUUGCACAAGAGCUGAAGAAAAGUUUAUAAUUUAUCAAGCACAGGGGGGACUCGUGAAAGAAAUUAGUGUUAAGAUUAUUUUGUGGUUAAGAAUUUUUCAUUUUGGCAAGAGCAAUUGAUAAGACGAUGAAAUUGUAAAAGAAAGUGACUUGAAAAGUGUACAUAAAUCACAAGAUACCAUUAAAAAUAUAUAUAUUAAAUAUAAUCUAGAAUACAA